AUGGCGAGACAAUAUCUUGAUAUCCCAGUUGCUCCGGCAGAUCUUGCAUUUGGCCUGAUGGCCGAUUUUGAUGCGGACCCCCACCCACACAAAGUGUCCCUGAUUGCAGGCGCAUAUCGGGAUGAGAAUGGGCUUCCUUGGGUCCUACCAAGUGUGAAAGAGGCAAAAGCCUAUCUCGAAAAGAACCCAAACCACGAGUAUCUAGGCAUAGCCGGCUCACCUACAUUCAUCAAACACGCCCAAUCUCUCAUCUUCGGAGUCAACCUCUCCGAAACAAUCAAAACGCAUAUAGCAAGUAUCCAGACUGUUUCAGGGACCGGCGCAAACCACAUGGCAGCACUCUUCCUGGCGAAACAUCUCCGCCCACAACGCGUUUUCAUCCCAUCCCCGACAUGGGUGAAUCACGAGUCUAUCUGGACUAUGGCCGGUGUUCCGCACGAAGAAUAUCCGUAUUACUCUUCAGACACACACAGCGUGGACAUGGGAGGGAUGCUUAAUACCCUGGAGACAAAAGCUGAACUCAAUGACGUGGUGAUUCUCCAGGCAUGUGCACACAACCCCACGGGCGUGGAUCUAUCCAAGGCUCAAUGGGAAGAACUAGUCCACGUUAUCAAACGAAAGAAUCUUUUCGUCGUGUUUGAUAGUGCGUACCAGGGUUUCGCGACUGGAGAUGUUGAUGGUGAUGCAUGGGCUGUACGAUACUUUGUUGAGCAAUUGAUUCUAAAUGCGGAAUCAGAUGCGACGCAUCCUGGUCUUUGCAUUGCGCAGUCUUUCUCGAAGAAUUUCGGGUUAUAUGGUGAGCGUAUCGGAGCUUUUCAUUUGGUUGUGCCUCGUCAUUUUUCGUCUCAAGGUGCUCAAUCGGAAUUGAUGGCUAUCGCGAGAUCGGAGUACUCCAACCCGCCACGUUUUGGGACAAGUAUUGUCCAGACUGUGCUUGGUGAUGACCAUCUUAGGAGUCAGUGGCAAGAAGACUUGAACACGAUGAGUGCUAGGAUCAAGAAGAUGAGACAUGAGCUUCGGCGAAGAUUAGAAAAGCUUGGAACAGCCGGGGACUGGGCGCAUAUUGAGAGCCAGAUUGGGAUGUUUAGUUAUACAGGGCUGAGUCGUCAACAAGUUGAGCGCCUACGGAACGAGUUCCACAUUUACCUUUUGCCAUCGGGCCGAGUGAGUAUCUGUGGAUUGAAUGAGGGUAAUGUUGAUUAUGUGGCAAGGGCUAUUGGGGAAGUUGUUGGAAGUGAGUAG